AUGGUUACCACUAUUGACGUAGUGCAGCCAUGGAUUCAUCCCGUGAACGUGAUUCUGCUUACUAACCGCCUCCACAGCCUGAAACAUGGUUUCACGGUUUGCGAAUACGAUGAUAGGACAGAUACUGCGACUUUUGAAAACUACAAGGAAGCAGAAUGCAAAAAUUCGGGCGAAAAAUUAAUGUGGAGCUUGAGCGAAGAAGAUCGUGUCGAAACACCCGAUAAAGUCAUUCUGACCUUCACGUCCUCCCAUUGGGACCCUCCAAAACCUGGAGAGCAUCAUGGAGUAAAGUUCACUUUUACAAUAACCACUGAGAAUAUCAAUGGCGCUCUUUCCGUUCUUGGUGGUCGUGGCUUCACCGUUAAAAUGAUGUUUUCAGAGAAUUUUCAGAAGCCCAGGGCUCGUCUUGGCCUCGGUGUUCUUAUUUUCACCAACGAGAGUAUUCACCCGGAUCAAAAGUUCCUUCAGGAGGAUUGGCUUGACUUAAGCAUCGAAGCUGAGCCGGGGAACUUCUUGGCGACUGCCGUCUCUCUGAAUAAGCGCGACGUGCCACUCCCGGGGGAUAAGACAGAUAUGCCUCCCGCCUAUCUCUUUUGGAGGGAUGUCUGCUUUGUAGAGAGGGAAGAUCUUUGGAAAGCGGGACGCCGGGUAUCUGCUUUUCAGAGCACCGUAUCUAGGCAUCACAAGGACACUGCGCACAUCAACCGUUCUUUACCACAAGCCGUCUUUGGGUUUAAGCGGUUUAAUAUUCACGUUCAAAGCAAUAAAACCGUUGGUGUAAUGGAAGAGUGGUUUGGUUUUGGCAGCCCGGGUGAUGGUUUCUACGCGAAAACCAAUUACACCGAAUGGACUUUUGUAAUGGCCCUGGGAAACCCCCAGUUCGUCCGUACCUCCAUCCUUCCUCGUCUCUUCGCUCCGCUAAUACUACCGCUGUUGGUAUUCUUAGGCAGUGUGGCCUAUUUCUGUUACCAAUACCAUGCGGCAGUCCGUGUUAGCUGCUCUGACGCUACUCGCCCUCUGAUAAGUGAGGUUGAUAGUGAUGCCAACUGUGACAGCCGUUACGACGAUGGCUACCCCAGUUUCGGAGUUUCUGGGUCGGCACAAGUCAGCAACGAUGAGGAGCGAGAUGGCAUUAAUCACCCUGUAACCUCGUAUGGGUCCUUGUAG